AUGGCCCUCUCGCCAGAGGCCAAGACGGAGCUGGGGCGCUACCGCGUCCUCGCCCCGAGCGCAGGCGUCCGGGUCUCUCCCCUCGCCCUGGGCGCCAUGUCCAUUGGCGAGAAGUGGUCCGACUACAUGGGCUCCAUGGACAAGGAGAGCUCCUUCAAGCUGCUCGACGCCUUCUUCGAUGCCGGAGGCAACUUCAUCGACACGUCCAACAACUACCAGGACGAGGACUCGGAGACGUGGAUCGGGGAGUGGGCGGCCAAGAAGGGGAUUCGAGACCAGCUCGUUAUUGCGACCAAGUUCACUUCCGACUACAGGAGCCAUGAGCUGGGCAAGGGGACGGCGCCCAACUUUCAGGGGAACCACCGAAAAAGCCUGCAUUUGUCGGUCAGGGACUCGCUCAAGAAGCUGCAGACGGACUACAUUGACAUUCUCUAUGUCCACUGGUGGGACUUUACGACAUCAAUAAGAGAGCUGAUGGACUCGCUGCACAUUCUCGUGGAGCAGGGCAAAGUCUUGUACCUAGGAGCAUCUGAUAUGCCUGCUUGGAUCGUCAGCGCGGCCAACACGUACGCGAUAGACCACGGAAAAACGCCGUUCGUCAUCUACCAGGGCCGGUGGAACGUCCUGCUCCGGGACUUUGAGCGCGACAUCAUCCCGAUGGCUCAGACCUUUGGCAUGGCCCUGGCCCCCUGGUUCGUGCUGGGAGGCGGAAAGUUCCAGACCAAGAAGGCCCUCGAGGAGCGCAAGAAGAACGGCCAGACGUUCCGAAACUCGGUUGACGAACUGACCGCUGAAGAAGAAAAGAUGAGCGAGGCCCUGGCCAAGGUCGCCUCCGAGCACGGCACCGAGUCCGUCACGGCGAUUGCGCUGGCGUACGUGCGCCACAAGGCGGCCAACGUCUUUCCCAUCGUCGGUGGCCGCAGGGUGGAGCAGCUGCAGGGAAACAUCGACGCGCUCAGCAUCCGGCUCACGGAUGAGCAGAUUGAGUACCUCGAGAGCGUGAAGCCGUUUGAUCUGGGCUUCCCGAUGAACUUCCUAGGCACGGAUCCGAAUGUUACGGGGUACUCGGUGCGGUUGGACAGGACGGCCAAGUUUUCGUUCCCUGAGGCUCGGCAGCCCAAGAGCGUAUGA